CACAUCCGAUUUUCCCCGGCUUCCUGUUGCUAGAUUAUACAGUAUUUACUGUUUAUCACGUAGUCUGCUGUACUGCUCCGUGAAGUUUUCUUUCUUUUUGGCAACUUUAGAGGGAAGAAAUGACUUUGCACCGGGGAAAUUAACAAGUUGAUUUACUGUUUACGAGCGUGCCUCCCACAAAGUUUGUCACCAUGAGAAGCAGGAGCAACUCGGGCGUGAAAUUGGACAACUAUGCCCGCAUAGUGCAGCAAACUAUCCUGAAGCACCAAGAUCCGGUCACAGGCCUUCUACCGGGCAGCAGCGACCAGCCGGAUGCUUGGGUCCGAGACAAUGUUUACAGCGUCUUGUCUGUGUGGGCCCUCAGCCUAGCCUACAGGAAGAACGCUGACAGGGACGAAGACAAAGCGAAAGCCUACGAACUGGAGCAAAGUGUAGUGAAGUUAAUGAGAGGAAUUCUGCAGUGCAUAAUGAGGCAGCUGGAUAAAGUGGAGAAGUUCAAGUAUAGUCGCAGCACGUCCGACUCGCUCCACGCCAAGUACAACACCAGGACCUGCAGCACAGUGGUCGGCGACGACCAGUGGGGUCACCUGCAAGUGGAUGCCACCUCGCUAUUCCUGCUCUUCCUCGCCCAGAUGACGGCGUCUGGUCUUCAUAUCGUCUACACCCAGGACGAAGUGGACGUUGUGCAAAACCUAAUGUUCUACAUCGAGGCGGCUUACAAAGUGGCAGAUUAUGGGAUGUGGGAAAGAGGGGACAAAACCAACCAGGGAAUCACUGAAAUAAACGCCAGCUCCAUAGGCACUGCCAAGGCAGCUCUGGAGGCGCUAGAUGACCUCAACCUCUUUGGAGCCAAAGGUGGACCGGGAUCAGUGGUCCACGCUCUGGCUGACGACAUCCAGCACUGCCAGUCCAUCCUGACGUCCAUGCUCCCCAGAGCAUCCAUUUCCAAAGAGGUGGAUGCCGGUGUCCUUGCCAUAAUCUCCUACCCCGCGUUUGCAGUAGAGGACAUGAAUAUCGUCAACAUGACCAAGGAGGAGAUCAUCUCCAAGCUGCAGGGUCGCUAUGGCUGCUGCAGGUUCCUCCGAGAUGGACACAAAACUCCCAAAGAGGAUCCCAAUCGUUUGUAUUACGAGUCAGCUGAGCUGAAGUUGUUUGAGAACAUUGAGUGCGAGUGGCCCCUCUUCUGGACCUACCUCAUCCUAGAUGGAAUUUUCAUCAACAGCCCCGAGCAGGUGCAAGAGUAUCAAGAGGCUCUGGAGGGCAUUCUGAUCAAGCAGAAGGAUGGAAUACGACUGCUACCUGAGCUCUACAGUGUCCCACCAGAUAAGGUCCAGGAGGAGUACAUGAAUCCUCACACAGUGGAGAGGAUUCCGAUGGGAAAGUGUCCCCUGAAGUGGGGACAGUCUCUCUACAUCCUAGGAAAGCUUCUGUCUGAGGGUUUUCUCGCCCCUGGAGAGAUCGACCCUCUGAACCGCCGCUUCUCCACCAUCCCCAAGCCAGAUGUGGUGGUGCAAGUGUCCAUUCUGGCUGAGACAGAGGAGAUCAAAGAGCUGCUGUCGAAGAACGGCAUCGACGUGGAAACAGUGGCCGACAUUCACCCCAUCCAUGUACAGCCCUCAAGGGUGCUCAGCCACAUCUACGCCCGACUCGGUCGGAACCCAAGGCUCGGUCUGACGGGACGGCCCUACAGGAGGAUCGGCGUGUUGGGAACCUCCAAGUUCUACAUCAUUAGGAACACAAUCUUCUCAUUCACGCCUCAGUUCCUGGACCACCAGCAGUUCUACCUGGCCUUAGACAAUAAAAUGAUAGUGGAGAUGCUGAGAACAGAAAUUUCCUACCUGUCGUCCAGAUGGAGGAUGACGGGAAGGCCCACUGUCACGUUCCCCAUCUCUCAGACGAUGCUUACUGAAGACCACACAAACCUGGACCCUGCUGUGCUGGCAACGCUGAACAAGCUACAAGAUGGCUACUAUGGAGGAGCAAGGAUCCAGACAGGGAAGCUGUCGGAGUUCUUGACCACCUCCUGUUUCGCUCACCUCAGCUUUUUGGAUGGUAAGGCCUCAGGCAGCAUGGGCCAUGACGAGGAGUAUAAUGGUGAUGAUGAUGCAGGUGACGUCGAGGGAUACGUGCAUGAGUUGCGCAAUGACGAUGAGGCUGAUGACCUUGCCCAGUACUUGGACCACCUCUUGGCCCACGCAGCGCCCAAGAAGCCCAAACUGCAGGCGGGUGGGCUGGAGAAGUUCAAGGCUGUGGCCACCAAAACAAAAGAGAUUGUGACCCUGAUGAGCAAAGCCCAGGACCUCAACGUGCAAGAAGUCAAUAUGUACCUGCCCAAUAAGCUGUUUCGUUCUCGUCAGCCAUCACUCAAUCUGAAUCUACCGGACUCUUCUGCGCUACCAGAGACUCAGGUCCCAGAGGUGACGGUGACCCCUCAAAGUGGCGUGCCUCGGGAUGCUAGCGGAGCUAUCGAAUACGAUGCCCUAGCUCAGCUGCUGAAAGACACCCAGAGUCUGCAGGAUCAAGCCGACAUCCUCUACAUCCUCUUCAAAGACAAGGGCAUCGAGUGGGACACACGUCUGCACGGCAAAGGCCCCACAGUGCGUUUGCUGCUCACUGACUUGUAUGAGAAGGCAGGCGAGCUGAAGGACUGGGGUCUGAUCAGAAUGAUCUCCGGCAUACUGAGAAAGAAGGUGGAGGAGCUGGACUCGGCUUGCUCUGACUUGCUGGCCCACCAGAAGCACCUGACUGUGGGUCUUCCUCCUGAGCCCCGAGAGAAGACUAUCACCGCUCCCAUCCCUCCAGACCAGCUGGCGGCGCUCAUUGAUGAGGCCAGCGACAACAACAUCAGCGUGGCCAUACUCACUCAGGAGAUCAUGGUGUACCUGGCGAUGAGCAUCAGGACACAGCCCGACUUGUUCAGCGAAAUGUUCCGGCUCCGCAUCGGGCUCAUCAUACAGGUCAUGGCCACAGAGCUCGCCCAGUCGCUGAACUGCUCCGGGGAAGAGGCCACUGAGAGCCUGAUGAGUCUGAGCCCCUCGGAGCUGAAGAACCUCCUCCACCACAUCCUGAGCGGCAAGGAGUUUGGUGUGCAGCGCAGCGUGCGCGACACGGAAGCCGGCGUCAGUCCCGCCAUCUCCAUCCAUCACCUUGGCAACGUGGGUGCCACCAAGAGCGAGAGGGCCGGAAUCAGCAAGCUCAAGAGCGACAUGAAGAUGCUGGAGCACAGGAUGUCUCUGACGGGGCCCAGUAAGGUGGAGCACAGGUCCUCCUUGACCGACCCCUUUCAGGCGGAUCGUAGAGUGUCUUUGACAGACGCAGUCAAGCCCGAGCAGAGUGUGACAUCCCCUCGCAAGAGCCUCCGAUCUCAUUCGCUGGACAUCGACAACAUCGAGUCAGGGAGGUACAGACUUCCCUCCAUUGAGUCGCUGGACAUUCCGGAGGGCAUCUCGGUGGCGAAGGACACCAGACAUGGACAGUGGCUACGCAGGAGGCGCCUGGAUGGCUCGCUCAACCGAGUACCCAUCGGCUUCUACCAGAAAGUCUGGAAAAUUCUGCAGAAAUGUCACGGCCUGUCCAUCGAGGGUUUCGUCCUUCCUUCAUCCACCACCAGAGAGAUGACCCCCGGAGAGAUCAAGUUCUCCGUCCACGUGGAGACGGUGCUGAAUCGCGUUCCGCAGCCUGAGUACCGCCAGCUGCUGGUGGAGGCUAUCUUGGUGCUCACCAUGCUGUCUGACGUCGACAUCCCCAGCAUUGGCUCCAUCAUCCACGCUGAGAAGAUCGUGCAGCUAGCCAACGACAUGUUCUGCAAAGACCAGAGGGACCUUGGAGCAGAGGAGCACAUCCUGGAGCGCGACCCGUCCACCGGUGUAUGCAGGCUGCUGUAUGACAGCGCCCCGAGCGGCCGCUUUGGGAGCAUGACCUACCUCACCAAGGCGGUGGCAGCGUACGUGCAGGACUUCCUGCCCAGUGGCUCAUGUGCCGUCCAGUGAGUGUAAGAGAUUUACUACGUUUCUGUUAAGCAUCCUGUUUCUCACGGAUACACCGGCGCCCUUAUUUGGUCACACAUCUGGUGCUAACACAUCACCGCUUGAAACCACACGCUGAAAGACGGUCAAACACUGAUUUAGUUUAUUGUUUUAUUUAUUUUACAUUUUGUAAAUGAGUGGUUUAAUCCUUAUGUCAUUUGUUUCAUUUUAAUGAUUAAUUAAUCUUUAAAAAGGUAGUUUUUACGGUUGUGUGUGAGAAGUGAUGGGAGCAUGAUUUUGUGUUAUUGUGAUAUUAAUUAAUUGUGAUCUAACUAUAUUAAUUAUAGGACGUUGAGUGAAGUACAGUAUGCAUAUACUGUAUUUAUCAAGGUUACUUGUGAAUGCAGUGGGGUUUUUUUCAUGUAUACUCAACAAAAAUAUAAACACAGAACUUUUGUUUUUGCUCCCAUUUUUCAAGAGCUGAACUCAAGAAGAUUUCUUUUUUUUUAUGUACACCAAAAGCGUAUCUCUCGCAAAUAUCGCCCUCAAAUCUGCCUUAAUAUGUGUUAGGGAGCCUUCAUAAUUCAUCCACCUCACACGUGUGGCAUACCAACAUGCUGAUUAGACAGCAUGAUUAUCCGAAAACCAGUCGGUAUCCGGUGUAUACAAAUAGCGUAUGCAAUGAUCUCAAGCCUCCCAAACAUGAGUAUACUCAAGCCGGUGAGUACGCUGGCGAUGCAAGUACUGGGAUGUUUUCAGCUUCCAGGAACUGUGUACAGAUCCUUGCAACACGGGGCCGUGCAUUAUCAUUCUGCAACAUGAGAUGAUGUUUGUGGAUGAAUGGCACAACAUGGGCUACUCAUCCACAACCAUCACCUCAUGUUGCAUUAUGAUAAUGCAACAUGAGGUGAUGGUUGUGGAUGCACAUCUGUGUGGCUUUUUGUGUUCAUAGAAAAAGUUACAUCUCAGUGUUUAGCUCAUAGAAAAUGACAGCAAAAAUGAAAGUAUUGUGUUUCUAUUUUUGUUUAGUGUAGUUGUGGUUUUGAGUUGUUAAACUCACUUUGGUGCUGUAAGAGAUUGUUUAUUUGGUAAAAUAUAGGCAUAUUGUUGUGAUUCAGCUCUAAAAAAGCAAUAAAAUGAAAUAUUUUGGCAAACAUAAGAGACAAUUUGAGCAUUUCU